AUGCGCACGGAGUUGCAGUCCAUCAGGGAGGAGCGAGAUCGACUCCGCUGUGAGCUUGUUGAUACUCGUGCAGAGCUUGCAGAUUACAGAGAGCUUCAGAACUUUAAGAGAUAUGACGGGACCAAGGACCCGAGGCAUCAUCUCCGCCACUACCAAAGCAAGAUGUUGCAGUACUGGGACUACGAGGAAUUCAUAAUCCAGACAUUCCAGGACAGUCUCAUGGGACCAGCAUUGGAUUGGUUCAUGACGCUAAAAGCAGAGGACGUCCCAACUUGGGCGGACCUCCCUCACAAGUUCCUCGAUCAGUACCACUUUAGUGCGGAGACACCCCCUACGCUCCUAGAGCUGAGCACCAUGGAGAUGAAGGAUAAUCAGGCUUUUGAAGCCUACGCAACAGAAUGGAGGGGGGAAGCAGCGAAGCAUAUCCCUCUGAUCAGUGAGAUUCAGCAAGUUCAACUGUUCCAUUCCACGCUAAAAGGUAUAUACUACUCGCACCUCUUAUCUCACGCCUCCUCAUUCUUCAAGCUUAUUGAAGCCGGGAAGAAGCUCGACAUGGACAUCAAGUUGGGGAGGAUCGAGGGACCGACUAGUAAGGGGGAAGGGGAGGCACCGAAGAAGCAAGCAACCGGUACCUUCAGAAGGGCCAAGGAUGCCAUCGUUAGUGCUGUCAACCCGGGGCAUCAACCCCCGCAGCAAUUUCCGGUGAACUACACACCUGCACCUUCGGCUCCUCAAACAUAUGCACGCCUCGUGUCUUAUGCUCCACCCUACCAGCCACAACAAGCAUAUUAUCCGACCCCGCCACUCAUCAUUUAG